CGAUACGGUACCUGAACUCAUAUUUUUGAACUGUUUUCUUUGAAUCAACUUCUUUCCUUGAGAGGUACGUCUCUAGAAAGAAAUGCCUUUUCUCAGCAAACAUUUGCCGUGUGUAAGGGUAAAAGAACACUGCUCAAGGUGUCAUCGAACAUUCUCUGACAAGGAAGCUUUGAUAAAACAUUUGCAACACAACUCAAAACACUUUGUUCCCGAUGUACCCGAAGGAUGCAUUCACUGUGGAAGACCAUUCUCGUCCACAGGAGCCUUAAUCCAACACCUCAAGACUAACCGAUAUCAUUUAAGAGAUCUUCACCACGCCGCCUGUACGGGUAGAUUUCAACUUCUUGAUAGCCUUAUGAGAAAUGAGUUCGCCAACGAACCGGGAGAUUCUCAUCGACCUUGUUCGAAAUCCCAGAUGGGUUUCACGCCAAUGCACUGUGCCGCCUUCGGUGGUCACUACGAAUGCUUGAAGAUAAUGCUCAGUUGGCCAGAUGGGAAGCCAAAUGUUAUUGAUCCUAAGGAUGGUAGAACCCCUGUCCAUCUUGCUGCUUGGAAGGGACAUGCCAAUUGCCUCAAGUUGCUGCUCAAGAAUGGAGGUGACUUGUAUCGACCUGACCAAAAUGGAGGUACUCCGUUAUCUUUGGCAUCCGAUCAUCCGAGCUGCCUGUCCAUAAUAUUUUUCCAUCUAGCCGGUAAGUGGUGUACAUCCAACCAGUUAAUUAUUUGCUUGUUUGUCGUUAACUUUUUUCUGUUUUUUUUUUUUCUAAUCCUUUAUCUAUCUCCAGAAUCAUGUCUUUUGAUCAUUUUAUAAAUAAGCCUAAGCUAAUCUCAAAGUGAUGAGGUCUUAAAAUAUCUAUCUUGCACUCUAAAAUGGUUGUCAUUCGUAGGUCAACGAAAUCUGCCACGGGCAAGAGCUGGUUUUUAUUCAGAAGAGAGAUACGUCGAAGCAGUAGAAUAUGUAUUGAACAGACUUCAUCGUCAAGAUAGUUUUGAGCAGCAUUUCACUCGUCGUGUAGAGGAGGUUAUCGAGGACAGUGAAAGAAGCCAUGCUGAAAAUCAAGUGCAAUCGUUUCAAUUAAACAGCGAAAUCGAAGGUAUUAGGUGAAGUUGUGUACACGUCUAUAAUACUGAGGUGUUGUGUAUGAACUGCAGUUGCAUUUCACGUCCGUAAUUACUUAUAAAUUGUGUGUAGUUAAUUCUUUCACGGUUGGACUGUAUUCAGUGUAUGAUAUUCCAGGUGAUUUUUUGUUUAAAAAAGUGAACAGAAAAUGAUGCUUUUCACAAAUAUAUGAUAAUGGGUCCAACGAACGUAGCUAUGAGUGAAUAUAAAUCAAAGUAGAGAUUCCUUUGUCGUGGAACAACGUUAGCGAAACGUGGCACAAUCUAGGUAACGAAAAGCCACCUGACUGAUUGCUGUCGAAAAUCCUCAAGCUUCAUUUACCCAUAUGAAUCUAUAUCAUUGUACUUGGUAUCUUUAUUAUACUUUUGUAUUUCGGUAAAUGAAACAUUGUGUUACUCAUGUACUUAAGUUAGCCACACAUCAGUGAUUAUCGCUCACAAAGUACGUAGGUAAUAUUACCGAUCAAUUUAUUCAACAUUACAUUCAGGAAUUUUGCUCUCACCAAGUUAUUUUAUUUUGUCUUGAAACAGAACCGUACAGUAAACCAUAUGAAGUUCUUGCUAGGGGAAAAGAAACAGUAGAAAUCUUCAAUCAAGCCCUUCAUAAAGGCAAAGCGAAGGUGACUCGACUGCAGCUUACAGUCAUUGGAGAUAUUGGAGCAGGGAAGACAAGCCUCGUUCGAAGUCUCAGUGGAGAGAAUUUUGUGGAAGAAAGGAUCGAGACUCAUGGAAUCGAUACGUCAAUGGUUGAGGUGACAGAAGUUGAUGAUUCUUGGCAUGUAACAGACCUGAACAAAUCUUUUGUAGAUGAAAUUUUAACAGAUAGAGUUUGUGAAAGUUUCAAAAAUUCUAAUGAGGCAAAGGGAAGUUCAAGUGCGUAUCAAUCGAGUAUUUUAGAUCCAGGCCCCUCGUUGCGCCAUCCACCUUUUUCAAGGCGACUUCUAAGUAUCGACCGUGCUCGAGAGGGUGAUGCCAGCUCUGAUGAUGCUGAUGACCAAACAAGCCUGGUCCCCUUCACGAGAUCUAAAGGUGAACAGACACCUCCGAGAGACAUACCGGUAGACCUAAUUACAAGGAAAAUGAGUGAUGCUUCACUGGAACUAAAAGAAAGAAAAUACAUCAAAUUAAGUAUUUGGGAUUUUGCAGGCCAUCCCUUGUACCAAGCCAUGCACCACGUGUUUUUGAACAGACGCUCCUUCUACCUUGUCGUUACAAAUCUUGUCCAACUGUGUGACCCUAAGAGUACAGACAUUGCUUUAAAACAGCUUCAUUUAUGGCUCAACUCUGUCCGUGUCCACACUCCUCAGACCACCCCAGUGUUCCUGGUGGGAACACAUAGCAAAGCUGUAACCCAGGAAGCUUUAUCCAACGCAGAAAAACAGUUGUAUGACGAAUUUAGUGCAACCUUUGCCCAACAAUUGGUCAAAAACCAAGAGAAGAACUUUUUAUUCUCAGUAGAAAACACUCUUGGUAGUACAGAUGAGGGAGCUUUGCUAUUAAAGAAAACAAUCAAAGAAGAAGCCUCUCGCCUUAAUCUGAUGGACGAGGAAUUUCCUGUCUUAUGGCUUCAUUUUGAAGAAGAAAUUCUCAAGUGCAGAGAGAGGACAGAUUGCUCAGCCUGUGUAACUAAGGCUUUCCUCAAGACAAUGCUGGUUGAAAGCAACUUUGAUGUCGCGGACGAAACGUUUGAAAGUAUGCUACGCUUUUAUCACGACAGUGGCGUGAUUAUCCUGCCAGGUAAGGGGUGACUAAAAAAAUAUCGUUACUGAGAAUGUGAGUGAAGUUAAGAGAGUAACUUGGGAAUGAAUAACUGACACGUUUGAAGUACGUCGUGUCACGACAGCCCUACGCUGGUCGUUGGUUGCCAAGGUAAUAAACUAAUGGAAGUGUUCCAACGCUUUUUUUCUUAGCGGCUUUCUCUAACAUUUAAAGGUAAAAGUGACUGAUGAAUUUACAAUUUGCGCUGGAUGAGGUAUUUGGGAAUAGCGGAGGUAUAAAGUAACAAGGGCUAAGUGAAAAGGAGAGCAAAAAUAUGGAAUGAAAUGCCGGAAAAUUUAAGAAAACUUUAAAAAAAUGCCUUUAAGAGGAAAAUAAAGCAAACACUUUUUGAGAUCCUAGCUUCAGAAGACUGUUAUAUUGAUUUCCCAGAAAUCGUUCAAAAAGUUAAGUUGGAUUUAUUUUCCUCUUAGUUAGUAUGUUAUCAUCAAUAUCGCUUAGUGUAUCAGUAGUCUCUUAUCAUAACUGUGUUGUAAUUUAUUAUUAGUAUUCUGUUAGUUUAUCAGUAUUCUCUUGUCAUUGUUGCCAAUUUGAGUUUCUUUAGUUCCCUUGUUACUUUUAAUUGUAUUUUAAUAGUUGUAUUUAUUUCCUGUAAACAUGACCCGCCUAGAUUAGCUUAGCUACCCGCGGGCAAGUUAUAAUUGUACUUUUACCUUAAAACACAAUAAAAAUGUAUGUAUGUAUGAGAACUUACCUUAAGACACUAUCAAAUUUCCACGGGACAAUCUUUCUUUCAGGAGAGUUAAUCGGACCUGAGACGCAGAACACCGAGAUGAACAAUCUGGUAGUGAUAAACCCCCAGUACCUGGUUGAUGUGAUGACCUGUCUUCAUGAUAUACCAGAUCAUUUGGAUGUCGAUCGGGAACAUCGCCCUCACUGGCAGAAGCUACAAGACCAGGGAAUAACAGACAUGGAGCUUUUGAAUCAUGUCUGGAAAAAGUUCGACAGCCCGGCCUCUGACCUGGUAGCCAUUUUAGAGGCCUGUGGUAUGUUGUGCCCAAUUUCAACUUCAGAACGAGUCGGAGAUCCCGAAAGUCACAGUGAGAAAGAUGAAGGCAAGGACAGAGACAGGGAGACAGGGACAAGCAAGUUCAUCGUCCCCUUUCACCUCGAAGUGAAAUCUCUGAAAAGAAAGUGGGAGAGACUUUGUCGCAGAACCUGGCAGGCCAUUUGCAACACGGAUAAAAUUCUAAUGUUUGAUUUCCUUAGCUUUCUCCCUCCUGCCCUCUUCGAGUAUUUCAUCGUUCGCACAGCUGCAAAAAGUAAGAGCAGCAGUGGUAUGACUCCCAUCAUAGCUAAAGAGAUGGCCAUCUUCUCUUUUGGAGACAGCUUCUUCUUCCUUGCGGAGACCUGCCCAAAGUUCAACCAGAUUAAAAUCAGCGCGAGGCAUGUAAAAUUACUUUACACCUGUAGCUGUACCCUUUCAGUCACUACUUUUCUUUUCUUUCUUUUUUUUUUUGUUUUUUUGUUUAACGCUUCUGGUUCAAACAAACAUCGAAAUGAGGUCUUGAAUUUCCAUUACUUUAAUUGCUGAAUGUAUUUGGUGUCAAUGGAAGGUGAAGUGUGCUUCUUUCUCUAUUCAUAAAGUAUAAUUUCACAAUAUCACUCUAGUUCGCUUUUUUGUCUCAUCCACCAUCAUUAUCACACACCUGCAUUCUUUAUUACUAACUGUUCUGGCCAUCAACCUGUUUUGCUUGUGCAAAUAAGAUGAAAUGAAACACCGAAAGAACUAACUACGGUUUUUUUUCUUCUCGUUAGGUACAAGAAUGGAAAGAAGUUGCAUGAAUUGUUCAGCACCCUAAUGACAAUAAUGUCAGAAAUUUGUCAACACCAGUUCAGGUUCCUUAAGUUUGGUUUUGGACCACUCUGCCCCAACAAACGUUGCCCAGGUACCUCUUGCGAUGGCAGGGUUCUUAAAACUGACUCGUCUUCUGACGAAAGCGAUGGUGAAUUGGACGACAACUCCACGUGUGAUGAAGCAGAUGACAGUCUAGUCUCAGGAGAGACCCGUCCUCACGUAAUCAGCAUUGACCCUGCAGUGUCAUCUAAGCCUUUGUGGUGCAACAGUACUCCAGUACAUGAAUUUGAAGAAAUCAAGGAGUGGCUUGUCAAGGUGAUAUCGUACUGAGUCUGAAAAGGGGGCUUCCUCUCCUUUUUCACCACAAUCCCGCAUCCCAAUGUUCUGCCCGGUAUCGAUUUGUCAAUCAAUAAAUCAAUAAAAAUAGGUAAAUCUGAUUUGAUUGAUAUCGAUUGUAUCGAUCAAUCGGUAGAAAUCGAUGACACGCUCAUUUCGUUUAUCGAUUUAUCUUGGUUUUUACUGAUUUCAUCGAUUUUUAUUGGAAGAUCCCGAACCUGUUCAUCUGUUUAUCCAAAAAUGAAAACUGAAUUCAUGCAAACAGUAAAUUUGUUGGCAAUUUUAGUUGCAAUUGAGAGUCAAAGGAUCAAACAUUUAUCACUAUGUUGUUUAUCAAACAUUAUCAUUUAUAAAGAAAUCUUUAAAAAAAAUCUUAUCUCUCCUUUAAAACCAGGUUUAAAAUCCUCAGUCUUCUGAUGGCUGAUUUUGGCCAAGUCUGUAGGCGCCCAGUUUUUCAGUAUUUAGAUCUACCACUCUUUCAAAGAACGUCGGUGUAGAUCCGGGUGCAGUUACAUCCCGCAGGAUCCGGAGUAGUCAAUGGAUAAAAAUCGAAAUCGAUGAAAAUCGUUAGCAAUCAAGUAAUUUUUAUCGAUUGAUAUCGGAACGGAUAACAGUAAAAAUCUAUCGAGGAAAAUAUUUCCGCCUGAAUCCCGACUCGAAGGAAUGUCUGAACCAAACCGUUUUUGUUAUUAUGUACAAAUAAAGGGUUUUAGAGAGAAAGUUGUGUGUGUAAUAAUUUCUGCACACCUCAUUUUCAUGUUUGCUGAUCAGUUGUUACUCGUGGAUGCGUUUUCUUAGCUAUACUAUCUAACUCAUGCCAAAAAAACCGUGGUGGACUUCCGUUACAAAUCGUUAAAACCAUGAAAAUCGAUAAUAUCGAUUUGACACAGCAGUUCAGUUUGUCGAUUUUCACCGAUUUCCGUUAUCAAUCGAUAAAAAUCACUUGAUUGCUACCGAUUUUUAUCGAUUGACUACUCCGGGUGUUCUGUCAUCUCUAUCCCGAAUACUGUUUAUUUUUUUCCAAUACCACAACCCUUAAAUACCAAGAUUUUGGCGAAUCCCGCCCCUCAAGUAGCCGUCCUUCCACACCCUGAUGGGAGUGAAAUUUCUUUUGGAGAGUUGUGAGUUCGUCAUGACUACUUACAAGUGUUAAAGUGCUUAACACUUGCUCUGAUUAAAUGUACGAAAAUAUCAAAUUUAGCGAUCUCAUCUGCACGUCUCUCAAGUAUAGCUUGUCUCGUAGAAGGAGCUCGGACACGUUUGCUUGCAUGUGGUUACAUUAUUCAUUAUGAUCAAACAGAGAAUUGGAAAAUAACAAACAAGAUUAUAGUAUCUUUGUUGUAAGAUGAUGAUCAGUGGCGGAUCCAGGGGAGGGACCGGGGGGGCUGCCCCCCUUAUUUUUAGACCAUCCUGAGGCCCGGGUCUGGAUCCAGUGUCGUAAACUUAAACCCAGGAGCUAAUCGUGCCUUGAGAUGAAGCGUCCACCUAUACUUCCUAUAGUUACAAAGGUUGGUCAGUUUUAUUGUGCAUACCAACGACUGAUAUCGGCUUACAUUACUUGUAGCGAGCUUAUAUACUUUACCCUUAUUAAAACUCGUUUACUUUUUAUCCUUCCAGCCCCAAGAUACUGUAUGUAAAGUCCCUGAAGAUUCUCCUUGUUAUUCAAGUAAGUAAAUUGCCAAUUACACUAUUCGUCCUAAUCGUCAUUGCUUUAUCUAUCAAGAUAUCAGUUAUCAAGUCAACGUUUAGUUGGUCCAGCACUGGUUUGCAAGCAGCUCACCACGUGGUUCGGAUGCCCGCGUAAAACGGUGGUUCCAUCUCCACUAGGAGACGUAAUAAGAAUGUCCUCAGAAGUGGGUGCUAAAUUCAAUGACCCUUCAGUCAGAAAGUCCAAUAUAGCCAAAAACAAACUAGUGUUCUCAAACUACUUAUCUUCCAGCACUGUUUGAACAAUUCUGUAAAAUAGGUUUUUACGAUGCUUUAAAAGAAUUUGAGAAGCAGUGAUAACUUCAGGUGUAAAAAAAAACAGCACAUCGUAAACGUUAUUAGGAAGUAUUUAGUUAAAGUUGCCAGAAAGCUAAGGCUCUAUGAGAUGUGGAUCAAAAGGGAGAGGAAGGAAGCUCGGUAAACGGUUGAAUGAGAGAGAUAUAUUUUUUUGUGUGUCUGAAACAGAACAAGUUGGCCAAUGCUGCCAGGUUGCAGUUGCCCAGGUAAUAGGAAACAGAUGGAAGUGGCUUGGCAGGUGUCUUGGCAUCGAUGAGACAGUCAUUGAGAACAUUCAGUCAGAGAACGAGUCAGAGGAAGAGCGGGCCUUUCAGGUCCUGCGUCGGUGGCUUCGCGAAAAAGGAUCAAAAGCUACUGUUCAUUUGCUGAUGAAGGCCAUAGGGGAAAGAAGCAAUGUGAAAGCCAUGGAAGCCUUUGCUCAUCACUUGGGUGAGUUUCAUUCAAAAGAAACAAUCCAAGAUGACUAAAUGAGAAACUCGCUAAGCGGCCGAUUAAAUGGCGAAUUUUUAAGGUAUCAGCAUUCGCUUUCUUAACGUUAUCAAAACAGAUAAUUGCCUGCUGUGGAGAGAUCCUUUUCUUCCGAUCCAGCCCAAGAAUUAAACCAUGACUUAAUGUUAUUUCAUUUUUGAAUUCAUCUUUCGUAUAAUACGAAGAUGUAUACAGAUUACGGAGGUGCUAAUUCAGCCUUGGUGAAUAAACGCCUCCGUAAUCUACAUAAUUCUUCAUAUCAUAAGAAAGCUGAAUUCAAUAAUAGUUUUAUUAUUCAUUCAAAAUAUUUCUAAGUUCUUAAAAUCCUCACUUCCUCGCCCAGAAGGUACUCGUGGGAACUCUUGGUGGGAGUGUGCCACCUGAUUCUCCAAAAACGCAAGAUUACAUGUUUACAUGAAACAGAAAUUAUGUCAUCAUUCUUUCUUAAAAUCCAUUUCGAAUUCGCAUAUUACACUUUCUUUCGUAUUCAUUUGGAAUUAUAACAUAGCUAGAAAAUUCGCC